GGCGGGCCGUGCGGGGCGGGAUGCGCCGCGGGGAGCGGUAGGGCCAUGUCGCAGCGCGGGGGGGACCGCGAUCGCGACCGGGAUCGCGACAGAGAACUGCAGUGGUCGGCGCGGAGGAUGGGGACGUCGUUGCUUCUGCAGCUGUCGGUGCACGAACGGGAGCUGGACCUGGUCUGCCUGGACCACAGCUACGCCAAACCCUGGAGCGCCCACCCCGACGCCAGCGCCGCUCGUCCCACCCGCAUGCUCUUCCUCACCCCGCGGCGGCAGCCCGGCACCGGCCUUGAAGCAGAUAUCCCCAUCGAUGUCGAGACGGUGACGCCCACGCCCGUGCCGCUCUAUGAUAACCAGAAGGCGCGCAGCGUGAUGAACGAGUGCGAGCGCCACGUGAUGUUUGCUCGCACGGAUGCUGACGCCCCUCCGCCGCCGGACGACUGGGAGGAACAUGUCAACAGGACGGGUUGGACGAUGGCCCAGAACAAGCUGUUUAAUAAGAUUCACAAAGCGCUGCAGUCUGACAGGCUGGCUCGCUUGGCUAACGAAGGGGCUUGCAACGAGCCAGUCCUGAGGAGGAUAGCGGUGGACAAAUGUGCUCGGAGGGUCCGCCAGGCUCUGGCUAGUGUCAACUGGGACACCAAACUGAUCCAGUGGCUUCACACAACGCUGGUGGAAACGCUCAGUUUGCCAGUGCUGGCAGCUUACUUGGAUGCUCUGCAAACGCUUAAAGGAAAGAUCCCCACACUGAUCGACAGGAUGCUGCUCUCCUCUACCGCGAAGACGGGGGCCGCAGGUGCUGAGGCUCUGUCUCUGCUUCUGAAGAGACCUUGGGACCCAGCAGUGGGUGUCUUGUCACAUAAUAAACCAAGCAAAUUGCCUGGUUCCCCCCUCAUCCUGAUUGCUUCCUCUGGACCCUCCAACUCCAUGUUCCCCACUUCUCGACGGCACCGAUUCUGGCAGUCGCAGCUUUCCUGCUUGGGAAAGGUGAUUCCCAUCGCCACCCACCUGUUGAACAAUGGCAGCGGGGUGGGAGUGUUGCAGUGUCUUGAACACAUGAUUGGGGCGGUGAGGGGCAAAGUGGCAGAGAUUCACAACCACUUCUCUCACAAGCCGAUCAUCCUGAUAGGGUGGAACACGGGUGCCUUGGUGGCCUGUCACGUUUCAGUGAUGGAGUAUGUCACUGCAGUUGUGUGCCUUGGAUUCCCACUUCUCACAGUGGAUGGCCCCAGAGGGGAUGUUGAUGACCCCCUCCUGGAGAUGAAGACCCCUGUCCUCUUUGUGAUCGGUCAGAAUUCCCUGCAGUGCAACAUUGAAGCGAUGGAGGAUUUCCGGGAGAAAAUACGAGCUGAUAACAGCAUGGUGGUGGUGGGAGGAGCAGAUGACAAUCUCAGGAUAAGCAAAGCCAAAAAGAAGUCAGAAGGCCUGACCCAGAGUAUGGUGGACAGGUGCAUCCAGGAUGAAAUAGCUGACUUCUUGACUGGAGUCCUCACCCGAGCGGAGAGCCACUCGGGCUCCGAUCCCCGUGACCUGGAUGCUGAGAAGAAGAAGAAGCCACGCGACUCGACCAGGAGGGAUCUGUCGUUUGACCUGCCGGAAAGAAGCAGCAGGCCUGCCUCACCUGCAGCCAAAGUGCCCGCCUCACCUUCGGGCUCGGAGGACUUAUCCAGUGUCUCCAGCAGCCCCACUUCAAGCCCCAAGACUAAAAUGGCUGCCGUGUCCUCCAUCCAGAAGCCCAGCCAGAUCAGCACCACGCAGCUGCUGAAGAGGCAGGUGCAGAGGACGGACACUGUCCUGACACACAAGCAGGCACAAGCUCAGUUUGCUGCUUUUCUGAAACAAAACGUGCUGGUGAGGAAAGCUCUUCCUCCUGGCACCUCUUCAUGUCUCUUUGUUCCAGUCUCCUCAGAGCACUCGGAAGGGGCUGAGAAAGAUGAUGUGCGUAUGCAGCUGAAGAGGCAUCAGACCCCCAGCCCGACCCAGUGCACCAAAUCCUCCAAACGAGCCAAAAUCAAGGUGACCAUUGUCUCUCAUGGAGAUGCUGCUGGCGUGGGGAACGGAGCACCCCUCACCACCCAAGCAGAAAUUGUCGCUGGAAAGCCGGUCCCCAUGGCUGUUGGCCAGUCUGUGUCAGGCGCAAAGGAGCUGUCAGGACUGCUCACUGCCCCUAAGCUGAGUUCAGCAGCAGAAACCUCCUCCACAAGUCCUGCUCCGUCUGCCGUGAUCCCCAGCAGCACAGCACCCAGUGCUUUCCAUGCCCUGCAGAGCAGGCUGGUGGCCAGCAGCACCCACUGCAUGCAGGCCCAGCCAGCCAGUACCCUCCAAGGAGCAGCAUCUGCCAGCAGCCUGCUGCAAGGGCUGAGCUUCAGCCUGCAGGACAUUGGGACCAAGUCAUCAGCCCUCCCUGCCAGCGUGGCUGCUGCUGGGCCGCCGGUACAGACCUCAGCUGUGAAGACGCCCGCACCUAUCCAGAACCUGAGUGCCAUAACCACAGGCACCGGCACAAUUGUCCGCACCAUCCCGGUUGCCACCUCUUUGUCUCUGGGAGCUUCAGCGAGUGGGAAGCCCACGGCCAUUCACCAGCUGCUGACAAACGGGGGACUGGCAAAGCUGGCCAGCAGUCUCCCUGGCUUGGCUCAGAUCUCCAACCAGGCAGCAGGCUUGAAGGCCCCGACAACCAUUACUGUGACGCUGCGUGGGCAACCCAGCCGCAUGACCACACUUAGCCAGGCUGCAAUGGGGACUGUCCAGCCCCAGCUCGAGGAACAGCCAAUGCAGACGCAGGCACCUCAGGCUCCAGACGGUGCUGUUGGGAACCUGGCUGCCCCAGCUACCAGCGCCGCCUCUCCUGGCAAGCUGCUGUCUCAGAUGGAUCUCAGCAAAGCCCAGGCUGGCGCAGAGAUGGCUCCCGCCGACCCCGCGGCACACCUGACCUCCGCCGCGGCAGCACCCGUAGUGACUCUCCCCUUCUCCGCAGUGACCACCACCAGCCCCAUGAAGACGCUCUACGUCAUGUCGGAUGCCAAGCUGUCUGCACUUACCAAGUCUGUGAUGGGUGAGGCUACCUCCGUCCCCCUCAAACUGCCAGGCAUCCAGCCUUCCUCCUCUUCCUCCUCAUCUGCCAGCUCUCCCACUGGUGCCGUCACCUUCGCCACCUCCCCCCUGGCCAGUGCCCCCAGCCCUCCCGGCAGCCUGGUACACUCGAAGGUUGGACCUGUCCUGCAAACUGCUUCCAAGACUGUCAUCCUGACCUCCACGCUGGCCACGGUGAAGGGCGAUGGACCCCUGGGACAUAUCGGGGAGAAGGUCAGCCUGACCAAGAGCGCCGCGGCCCUCGGCCAUGCUCUGGGGGCAGUGGAGACCCUGGGGAGGGUUCCCUCCGUGGUGGAUGACGGGAGCACCAUCAUCCACACCAGAGAGGCUCUGGCCAACAGACACUUGCUGCCCCAGGGUGUGCUGCCAGGAGGGGCCGGCACCACGCUCAUAACGCUGGGCAGCAGCCUGGCCAGCUCCUCCAUCAUCGCCACGGCAGGGCCCACGCUCAGCCAGAAGCCGUAGGGACCCCCGGGACCCCUCGGCUGCGACCGGGCACUUCAGGAAGACUGAGCUCGGCUGCCUGGUGGGAGAGGAACAGCGCUGUGGGCAUGGGGGGGCUGGUUCAGGCUGGAGGAAACUGGGGGGAUGUUUUUCUGGUUUUGUUGCUGUUUAAUAAAACUUUUUUUUGUUCUUUGCUGA